CGGAAUGCAGACAGAGCUUUCCAUUCCAGACAGGCCACAGCAGAGAGGGCUCUCGGAGAUCCCCCUCUGCAGGCAGGCAACGUUGACUUCUCUCUUGAGCUCCCAGCCCCAGUGGACAUUUCCUGUUCUGCUUCUGGAAAUUAAAGCCCAAAAUUGCAAAACAUCCUUUUCUCUGGUCCGAGACCAUCCCCUCCCCACGCUGCUGAUCUCAGUCCUGCCCUCCUCUUCCUUCCUUGGAACCCCGCCCUGACCAGCGGCUCGGCUUCCCAAGGAGAGAUGAUGGAUCUGUAGCAGGUGGUGCCAGUGCCAGAGAGAAACGACCCUGGGACCACGGCUGAAGAGGACCUGGAGCCGGAGGAUCCGCGCUCAUGGCGUUCAGCCCUUGGCAGAUCCUGUCCCCCGUGCAGUGGGCGAAAUGGACGUGGUCCGCGGUGCGCGGCGGGGGCGCCGGAGAGGACGAGGCCGGAGGGCCGGAGGGCGACCCCGAGGAGGAGGACUCGCAAGCCGAGACCAAAUCCUUGAGUUUCAGCUCGGAUUCUGAAGGUAAUUUUGAGACCCCUGAAGUUGAAACACCCAUCAGAUCGCCUCUCAAGGAAUCCUGUGAGUCAUCACUAGGAUUAGCAGGACCUGGGGCCGAAACCCAAGACUCACAAGAAGUUGAUGAACAGCUGAUAGCAGAAGUGGUUGAAAACCGUUCAUCUGAGACUUGUUCUAGAUGCUCAGAAAAUGAGGUGUCACCGCAAGCUAUUGAUUCUUACUCAGUCAAGGCUUUCAGAGAAGAACCUGAACAUGAUAGUAGCAAAGUUUCAGUAGUGAGGCCCUUUUCCGUAGAAAUCAAGAAUUCCACGGACAUCUCGGUGGCUCUAGGAACAGAAGCGGCCUAUGGCCGUAUGACUGCUGUCUCAGGCCAGGCUCUGCCCUCCAGCCCGCCAGAAGCCAUCCAGGAGGAGGCGAUGACGGAAAACACCAUGGGGGUCAUGCUGGAGGCUCCCACAGAAGCUGACCCCCAGAGUGUGAAUGCCUGUCUGGAGCCAGUGCGCAGCAGAAGCAAGCUAAGAAAGCCCAAGCCCGUCUCUCUGAGGAGGAAAGCAGCUGGAGAGUCUUCAGAAACAGAAACUUCUGUGCAGGGCAUGCCUCUCCCCCCAGUGUCUGACACUGACGAAAUGGACGGGAACACAAAUCCUUUGCUAGGGGACGUCAGGAUCCCUAACCCUGCCCCCGAUGUCCAGGAGACAUCUAGCAGCACUCCCAGUAGUGACACCAAUGACUCCGGGGUUGAGCUGCUGGAGGAGCCAAGGAGCUCCCCUCUGAAGCUCGAGUUUGAUUUCACAGAAGAUGUGGAAAAUGUGGAGUCCAGGAAAGGUCUUCCACGAAAAGUUGGCAGGAAACUGAGUAACAAACUGACUCCCAAGGUACAGAAAGAAGGCGUCAGUAAGCCAGCGGGCCCCAGAAGUGCAGAACCGCCUCCGGAGCCACCUGCGGACGAUGCUCCUCUCUCCCAAGCAUCUUCCAAGCUUGACCCCAGUCAGUGUGAUCGCCCCAGCGCCAGUCCCUUUGGGGGCCAGUCCACACUGCAGAGCUGCCCUCCCCUCUCCUCUAAGGGCUCCUACCAUUUUGAGGAAUGCAUGGAUCCCUUUAAACCAACUACAGCGUUAACAAACAGUGACUUUUGUUCUCCUGCUGGUAAUCAUGUUAAUGAAAUCUUAGAAUCACCCAAGAAGGCAAAGUCGCGUUUAAUAACGAGUGGCUGUAAGGUGAAGAAAUACGAAACACAGUCUCUUGAUUUGGAUGGAUGUUCUCAGGAUGAAGGGGCAGUGAUCUCCCAGAUUUCAGACAUUUCUAGUAGGGAUGGCCAUGCUACCGAUGAGGAGAAACUGGCAUCUACUUCCUCCGGUCAGAAGGCAGCUGGGGCCGAGGUGAAAGGUGAGCCAGAGGAAGACCUGGAGUACUUUGAAUGUUCCAAUGUUCCUGUGUCUACCAUAAAUCAUGCGUUUUCAUCCUCAGAAGCAGGCGUAGAAAAAGAGCCGUGCCAGAAGAUGGAGAAAGAUGGGUCUGCUGUGCCUGGACUGUUGGAGUCCCCAACGGAGAAGGCCCCGGUGUCCGUGGCCUGUGGCGCCGAGAGCCCCCUGGGCAGCAUCUGCCUCAGUGAGUCCGAUAAGACAGCCGUGCUCACCCUGAUAAGGGAAGAGAUAAUCACGAAAGAGAUUGAAGCAAAUGAAUGGAAGAAAAAGUACGAAGAAACCCGGCAAGAAGUCUUGGAGAUGAGGAAAAUUGUGGCUGAAUAUGAAAAGACCAUUGCUCAAAUGAUUGAAGAUGAACAAAGGACAAGCAUGACCUCUCAGAAAAGCUUCCAGCAACUGACCAUGGAGAAGGAGCAGGCCCUGGCUGACCUUAAUUCUGUGGAAAGGUCCCUUUCUGAUCUCUUCAGGAGAUACGAAAACCUGAAAGGUGUUCUGGAAGGGUUCAAGAAGAAUGAAGAAGCCUUGAAGAAAUGUGCUCAGGAUUACUUGGCCAGAGUUAAACAAGAGGAACAGCGCUAUCAGGCUCUGAAAAUCCACGCAGAAGAAAAACUAGACAAAGCCAAUGAAGAGAUUGCUCAGGUUCGAACAAAAGCAAAGGCGGAGAGUGCGGCUCUCCACGCGGGACUCCGGAAGGAGCAGAUGAAGGUGGAGUCCCUGGAAAGGGCCCUUCAGCAGAAGAACCAAGAAAUUGAAGAACUGACAAAAAUCUGUGAUGAGCUGAUUGCAAAGCUGGGGAAGACUGACUGAGCUCCCUCUGUUAGCUCAGCAGAUCUGCACUUGGCUGCUUCUCUCGUGACCACAGUUAUCUUGCCUUACCCAGGAAUUAUUGCCCCUUUGCAGAGGAAAAACUAUGAAAAAGCACAUGCCUACUGCUGCCUGGCCUGCUUAGCGUCCCACGCCAACAGCCCUGGAAGAAAGCCCAGAGUAUUGCACAGUCACCGAAGGAGCAGCAUCUGGCAAUCCCGAGUCCGUCGCAGCUCGCCAUCCACAGGCUCCGUUAGGCUGCUGGGUGUGGGUUUGUGAGUUCUCUCUAUUUAGUUCGUUUUAAAGCCAUCUUUACUUUUCCAAGUGCGUGAAAUUUGUGCUUUUAUGGCUAUAUUUGGGAUCAUCUCCUGUUCACCACCGGUUUGAUUAUGUUUUGUGACCUAUUUGUUUCAUCUUUUAAACUUAAUUUCCAGUACUAGCGGUUUUAUUUGAGCAGGAAUUUGGCUGUUACUUCCAAUUUAUACACAGGAAGGGACUCCGAGCGCCCACAAGCACACACGCGCUCACGCAUGUUUACAUGUGCUGCGGCUUCUUCCCUGAAGCAGAGUGGGAGAAGAACUUCUCUGCAGAAGAGCCUAUUUCCAUAAACGUAAAAGCCUGUUUUGAAAGAGUCUAGGCUCAGAAUGCCAAUGCCAGAAUUUGGGGAGAGUGAAGAUGUAAAAACCGCGGACUUGGGUCUGUCGUGACUCAUGGCUCCAGGCUAAUUCACGUGUAGGGGAGACUCGGCCGGAAUGUUCCGUCACCCUGGCAUUUGGGCGCUGCUUGGCCUUGACGAGCAGGAGUGUGGCCCCUUCGGGGUUAGUCCUCGGCCUCCAAGUGUGCGUUCUGCGAGAACAGCGGCGGGCUCCCUCAGAGCCAUUUCGUCUGCUCUGCUUCAUUUAUUGCUACACAGCCAGUAUUUCCUCCUUAUUAUUUGAAAUAUGCCAAGAAGGUCUACUUGUAAAAGGUUCAGAUGAUCUUACAUAGUGAAAAGGUAAUGGUACCCUGCCGGCAGUAUAAGGUGGAGAAAUAGGUGGCUUUUCGUGGCUGAUGUUUUGUUCUUCAGACGUUUCAAGGCAAAAAAAAUGUCCUUUUGAACUUAAGACAGAAUUUUCAACAAAACAGGCAGUAAAAAUCUUGUGAACCACUCUGAAAAUUAUUGUAUUUAGAAUAAUUUUAAUCAAAGGCCAUUGGACUGGUGGAGGAAGGGGCUGCGGGGAGCGGAUGCACCCUCACAAACCAGAUUCCUCAGGCUCUGCUGGCCCUGGUUCAGAGUGGCGGGGCCAGAACCCCACAGAUGGAAAACCUCCAUGCAGCCCGCGAACCCCCUGGCAUUUGACAGGCAAAACCAGGCCCGUGCGCGUGUUUUAGAGCACUCUUUUGUCUUAAUCCUAACACCUCGAGGGUCUUCAUGGUGACGUGCACUAUGUUCGUCCGUAUAAGUCUUCGUGCUCUUCCUGUAGAAGUAUUGCAUGAUCCAGCCUCAGCCAUGUGCUGUGCCUCGCGGAGAACCUCUAGGUCUUUCAACAUGGAGUUUCUUUAGAAGUCUACUAUUCACAUGGGUGCAGUCUUUAGCCCCAGAGAGGUCAAAGAUGUCUUUUAAAGCCAGAAGUCACGUUUUACCAAUAUGCAUUUAUCAUAAUUGGUGCUUAGGCUGUGUUUUAGAGCCUAUUAUCUUACCAUUUUUUACAAAAAAAAAAAGAAGAAGAAGAAGAAGAAGAGCAGAAAUGAUAUGGUUGGAGAAGUGACUUGACAAUCAUUUGGACUUUGCAGGCAGUCACUGAGGGUCAGCAUGAGCGCUUGGCCGCAGCCUGAGUGGCGGUGAGCACAGGCGUCUCCAGUGGGGUCACUGAUUUCUUUGAGUAGUCCUCUCCCACUAGGAAAAUUAACUUGCAUUUUGCAGAAAGAAACAUGUGCUAAGCCUUUUUGCUGCUGUGUUUUGGUGACUUGUCCGUGUUUACUUGUUUUCUAUUGAUCUAUUUUAAGCAUGGAAGGCAUAUGGUAGUCUCCAUUAUAACUCCUAGUUUUCUUUUUAGGCUUCUUCUACACUAAAAAGGGGUCAAACAGGUGAUGUGUCAAACAGGUGAUGACAAUCCUUUCCUAGCACACUGCUAAAAGAUACCCCUAAAACACUAGAUCCUAGAAUGAAGUUGCUGUACACAGAACAUAAAAGGGCCCUUGUUAAGUUAUCUUUGCCACUGGCCUCUCAGCCAUGGCCAUCACAAGAAUGUGUUCUUCCUUCUGAUUUAGUAGUGGAUCUUCUCCAAGAAGAAUAAACAUGUGGCUUGUGCAGCUGGUAAAUCAAGAGAAUAUACUGAGCAGAAUAAAGUGUGUUUGUUUAUUUUUCUUUAAAAAUAAGCAACCGCCCCCCAAACUUUCAGAACUCUAGAGAAUGAGAUUUCAGCUCACACUUGGCCCCCAGAUCACGUGUUAGGCAGCAAAAAAGCCCUUUGCAAACUUGAGAGCAGAUGAGGGCGGGUUGCUGGCCUAGAUCCUGGUUUUUGAAGUAUUAGGUGCUCUUGUUGAGACUCUGGAUCUGGAGCCAUUUCUUAGGUUUUUGACUUUGCCAAAGUGUAGAUAGGCACUCUCUCUCUUAAAGCAUUUUAAUUGGAGACUGAACGAUUUGUCACUUGGUUGGCUGGUCAGUGACAGUCAGACCUCCUGAUAUUUACUAUAUUAGGAGAAGCUCCUAAAGGCCUGCCCAAAGCUUUGGUUCUGUAAAACUGUUCUGGAAAUAUUGAGAAGCCUGGUUUUCUGUGUGGUUUCUAGCUUCUUCAGACCCAGCCCAAAUUAGGAAGUACAGAAACACAUGAUGGUGCAAAACUCGGAGGGCCUGGCUGCCUUCCAGAGCGCUAUGGAGUCUAAGGGAAGAUUUAUGUCUGGUUUGGGGGAUCACUCAAGUUAGAGUUUUUUCCAGCCGGUUACCCUCUGUACUGCCCCACACUCCGGGGAGCUCUCACCCCAGCACUCAGAUCUGCAUUGGACAGCUCUGAGGCAGACCGUUUGGGAGCAGGAGGGGUCGGCUGCCCCCACAUUCCCUCGUUCCGGGGCUGUCUAAAGGCAGCCAGACAGGAGCACUCACUUUUAACUUGAGGGCUUGCUGGUGGCUCUAGAGCUCAAGAUGGAAUUUUUAGAGAGCAAGCAUUGGUAAUCUUGUGGACGCUAGUUAGAAAUGAUUCAGCACAUCCUUUCCUAUUGGUGUAAAACUCCAAAGCCCCCUCUUUAUUUCCUUUUGGUUUUUCACUACAGUGAGUAGCGACCUCAUAGACCUGCACACGACUGUUGUCCUUUGGCUGUGACCCUGCAAGCUUGCUCCCAGACUUGGGUGUCUUGCUCUGCCCUCUUGUUGGGAAGAGAAACUAGGCGUUGGAAGACUCAGCAAUUCAGGCAAAGGAUUUUAAAGAUGUAUAUAUUAUGAAGAAUUUUAAAGAGAGCAGAUUAUUCUUUGCUUAUUAAAGAACAAACAUAGUCUGGGAAUCCCAGAAUGUCAGGCCAAAGGUCUAAGAAGUCAUCUUCUUCAGAGAUUUUAACACAAAUAUUUUGAGGAGACUUCUGUCCGAAAAGGUUUGACUGGCCUCCAGAUCCCAGUGAUUUUUAAAAAGCAACUUAUCACUCAAACCUUGAAAGUCUCCCAUGUAGUAAAGGUAAAGAAAUCGGACACUUCUCUCCUAGGGUCUCCUCUGGAAGGUAAAGUGAGUGGCAGCGUUUCCAGGAGAGAUCCCCCCGAGUGCCCAGAGCCAGCAUCCUGGAGACUGAAGAUUGCACUUUCGUAGUUCUCCGUCCAAAUGCGGCCCCAUUUCUGUGCCUCUUAGCAUGCAGUUAGAUUUGGACAAACAAGAUUCCUAAGGAAUGACUUUAUUAACUAUAAUAUGGUUACAGCUAUUACAUAUAUAUAUAUAUAUUCUGGUUAGAGUCCUAAUAUAGAGAUGUCGUGUGUGAUGCUGACAGUCUUAGCUCAUUUGGAGGCGGCCAGGCGUGGGGCUGAGGUGUGGCUGGACUCUUCCCUGUAUCGAUUCUUUAGAACUGAAAAGAUGCCACUUUCUCUCUCUCUCUCUAUGCCUUUCAGUGGUAUCUGAAACAUACUCCAAACAGUAUGUCCUAGUCACAUUCUUAACCGAUACUCUCUGAAUAAUUUCCCAGCGGACCUGUAUAAAUUCGAACUCAGAAACCACCCCCAGGCCAGAUACAGGGCAGUCUGUCCCCACACCGGAGUCUCAGCCGCGGCCCCUCUCGCCCCCGGGGCAGGACCCAGGCCCUGCUUUUCCAUCUCAGAGGUAGCAGUAGACGUUCCAGUGUUGCUGUGAGCAAGUGUGUGUUUGCCAGUAGAUAGCGUUUGUACUAAUGUGCCAACCAGUAAAUGUUCAUUGCACUUCUGCUUCCACCGUGUCCCCACGGGUGCCAUGACGUGUGUGAGGAGCCUGCCGCCCAGGGGGCCGGGCGCUGCACUGACUACUGCGGACAGGACGGUGUCGUGUGGGGUCGUCAUCUACAUAAAUUUUAUAUGCACAGUGACUUCCCUUUUAUAUGUCAGGUAAAUAUUUGUAAAAGUUAUACUCACACAAAUGAAAUUAUUAUAAUGAUUACUAAUAUAUUUUUUCCAUGUUUCAUUGCCUGAAUAAAAACUGUUUACCGCUGUUAAA